AUGGAAUCUCGAAAGAGGUGCACAGCAAUCGCAGAAUGUAGUGAAACUCCAAGCUCAGUUCCCGGAGGUUUUCACUUCGGCAGUGGGCCUUUGCAACAAGACGCCGGUUCUGCUGGUGUUGAAGGGGAACCCCAAGCCGGUGUUCAGACCAAAACGACCGGUUGCUUACAGCAUGGAGAGUGUGGUAGAGGACGAGCUGAAUCGUCUUCAAGGUCUCGGCAUUCUCAAGAAAGUGUAUUUUUAUAUUGGGCAGCGCCCAUCGUCGAUGUACGGAAGCCGAAUGGUGCCGUCCGUAUAUGCGCCGAUUAUUCAACGGGCCUGAACAGUGUCCUUGAACCCAACCAAUAUCCGCUGCCGCUACCAGAGGACAUCUUCGCAAAGAUGGCUAACUGUCGGAUCUUCAGCCAUAUCGAUCUCUCCGACGCAUACCUACAAGGAGCAGUUGAUGAAGCGAGCCAGCCACUUCUCACCAUUAACACCCACAAGGGUUUGUUCCAAUUUACCCGACUGUCACCCGGUAUCAAGUCAGCCCCGGGUUCGAUUCAGCAGUUGAUGGACACGAUGCUUGCUGGUCUCGACUGUGCAGCUGUUUAUUUGGAUGACAUCAUAGUGGGCGGAAAGACUGAAGAAGAGCAUCAUCGGAAUCUUUCUUUCGUUCUACAACGGCUUCGAGAGUAUGGGUUCACGGUGCGCAUCGAGAAGUGUACGUAUGGGAUGAAGCAAGUGAAACACUUGGGACAGAUUCUGGACGCCAACGGUAUCAGACCAGAUCCGGACAAAGUCGCUUCUAUCAUCAAUAUGCCGCCGCCGCACGAUGUUCCGACGCUCCGUUCAUACUUGGGCGCCGUGAACUAUUACGGCAAGUACGUGACGGAAAUGCGCCGUUUGCGACAUCCCAUGGACCAGUUGCUCAAAGCUGGAACUAAAUUCGAGUGGACUGCCGAAUGUCAACGAUCGUUCGACCGAUUUCGUGAAAUUCUCCGAUCACCGCUACUGUUGACGCACUACAAUCCAAACGUGGAAAUGGUUGUGUCAGCAGAUGCUUCGAUUUCGGGCAUGCCUCGCAGCCUAACAGCAGCAGAAAGCAAGUACAUCCAGAUCGAGAAGGAAGGUUUGGCAUUGGUGUUCGCAGUUACCAAAUUCCAUCGGAUGCUGUUCGGACGUCGAUUUACGUUGGAAACGGAUCACAAACCACUUCUUUCCAUCUUCGGAGCUAAGAAGGGUAUCCCCACUUACACGGCAAACAGACUGCAAAGCUUUGGACAUGCCGAUGUACUGUCACGUCUCAUUAACAGCAACAUUCGGCCAGAGGAGGAGUUCGUGAUUGCAACUAUGGAGUUAGAGCGAACAGUCAAAAGCGUUGUCAACCAAGCGCUAGAUGGCUUACCGCUCUCAUUCAAGCAAAUCACUACAGAAACUGGAGUCGAUGGCACAUUGCAGCAAGUUAUCCGUCACGUCCACAACGGAUGGCCUACGAAGACGUGCAUUUCGGACUCGCAAAUUCAGCAGUUUUACCUGCGCCGUAAUGCCCUGUCAGUUAUCGAAGGAUGCUUGAUGUAUGGUGAACGAAUGGUGAUUCCGCAAGCUUACCGUAAACGAGUGUUGCAGCAGCUGCACAAGGGGCACCCUGGUGUGGAACGUAUGCGAUCGAUUGCACGCCAGUAUGUCUUUUGGUCUAACAUCGACGAUGACGUUGCCAAAACCGUUGGGAAGUGCAACGAUUGUGCCAACGUAGCGAAGACCGACUGGAAGACUAACCUGGAAUCCUGGCCAUCUCCGAAAAAGUCGUGGCAGCGAGUACAUCUGGAUUACGCCGGUCCUUGGCCCGAGGUUAUCCAGACGAAGGACAUCACCACUGCAGCUACCUUGCACAUGCUUCGGGGUAUUUUCGCCAGAUUUGGAUACCCGGAAACACUGGUCACGGAUAAUGGGACUCAAUUUACCAGCGAGCAAUUCGAGUCCUUCUGUUCCAGCAACGCCAUCAUUCAACUGAGAACAGCACCGUUUCAUCCACAAAGCAACGGGCUUGCAGAGAGGUCAACGCCUUGUCGCAACGCUCCUGAUGGGAAAUCUCCUGCCGAGGUUCUGCUUGGCCGAGCAGUUCGCACAUCACUAGAGCUGCUUCGCCUACCUACAUCGAUAAACAAAUCCGAAAACACCAUACAAGAACAUCAGUUCAACCGCAAACACGGAACAAAGGAAAGGCGCUAUCAUCCUCAGGACUCCGUGUGGGCCAAGGUGUUCCGGAACAACAAGUGGUACUGGGAAGCCGGUACUGUGAUCGAGCGUCUUGGAAAGGUGAUGUAUAAUAUCUGGUUACCGGAGAAGAAGUCCUUGAUCCGGUCUCACUGUGCAGUGUCACAGGCGGACGUUGGGGCUGAAGUUUUGUCACCAGAACUACCAAAUCAACAGAUGCCGACUCAAGGUCAACCCAAGAGCAAUCCUCAAGAGCAACAACCGAUGCUUCGUAAGUCUUCACGAAUUCGAAGACCACCCACGAGGUAUGAGCCGUAUCAACUCUAA